CGACGCCUGAUAGCUUCGUGUGUGAUUGAGACGUCCAUCAUGUCAUGAAGCUGUUACAACAUACCCUCCCAUAACUUCGAAACCAACCACACACACCCAUCUACCCGAUCGGUAGUUGUCUCCUACAUCAUCUUUGACCUCAUCAACUUCCGCAGCCCUUGCAAAUCUUUCACCCAUCCCUCAACAGGGACUGUUAGAGGUGUGAUCCCAAAUUUGGAGAGAAAUAGCGGAGAGGCACGCCAUGGAGGCAGCACAGGAAGCUUUAUCACCCUUCAUCCGGCCGCGCGACGAGGUCUUGCACAUCCGCAAGAUUCUGUCCGCAAAUCUGGCGUCCUGUCUUGGCAACGCCGCCCAUGACGGUCCGCCAACCCCGCUGGCGUUAGCAGAUCCGCUCGCCGUCAUCGUGAUCCCCCCAGAAGCGCGUGGGAUCCAGCGCGAGUAUCUCGAGGCUCUGAACGCCAAUAUCCGGGCGCGGGGGGAGCACCAGGAUCUGGUAGCACGCCAUCGCGUGCCUGCCACGACGCCUGCCGAGCAGACAACCGACUUUCUUACGGCGCACAUCGUGGCUCUGAAGCUCAGAAACAAGGAGACUCGUCUCAGGGCGAUUUCAAAAUCUCUGGAGCUCCUGGAUCAGAGACCGGCUGCUUCCACUGAAUUUCUGGAUCCCAACCAGAUCUUCAAGGACUCGCCGCGCUUACCAGAGAUGCCUAGGGAGGCGGUCAGCAGCUUUGUCUUGGACAAGACACUUUCCAAGGCAGGCUUGGACGAACUGCUUGACCGGCUCCAGAAGUCAGUUUUGCGUGCAAAGCUCCUGCUCAAAAAGGAAGAGCAACUCCUUGGUGCGGCCAGGAAGAGAUCUCCGCGGCCAGUUGAAGGCCUGGCACCUGUGGUGAAGCUCGCCGCCCUCACCGCCGCGCGCAACGAACUCAUUAGCUGGAUCGAGACAGAGCUGGCUAGUACAUCAGGAGACGGGGCGGGUGGGGGCGAGGAGCAACACACAAACGGCGAUCAGGUUUCCGAAACGAGGGCUCGUGUCGAAAACCAGUUGUCAGCGAUCAAGCAGAAGUACGACAACUAUGUUGCCACACGAAAACAACUCCUCAGGGCGGCAUCACAAACGCAUCAACCCUUGAUGGAGCCGCCAAGUAUCGAGCCCAUUCAUAAUUCCAGGUUACCAGGCCAGGCACCGGCGAUGCCGGCCUCGUACCUGCUGUCUCCGUAUCUCGCCCGUCUUCUAACAGCUUCCCACGAGCAAAAGGGGCUAAUAUUGCAAAAGUCGCAUCUUAAUGCCACCAUCGCGAAGAAAACCAAGGAUACUUGCCAGCUUCUGGAUCAUCUCGCGGAGGAAAGCCAACUGCUGCCCAAACACCACAUCCCGGGCCGGCCUCACCACCAACCCAGACUCCUUGGGGACGGUCCGGGCUCGGCAGAGGGCUCUACCGUCGCCGGCCACUCGAGAAGAUGGGUUGUAGCAGCCGAAGCCUCAAAGUUGGCAACACUUGAGACUGUGGCCGAAAAGACGGAGGAAGGCGAGAUGGCUCUGGAAAUCUCAUCAAGACAUCUAGAUGAGAUUAGUCACUUGCUUGGAGCCCAGACACUGUCGCAAGAUCGUAACCCAGAUACAUCGGAAGGAGAUGGGGAUAUCUGGCUGUCGCAAGGCCGGAGCGGAGAAGGUCCUCUCAAUUAUAACAGCAAGGCGAAGCCGACUGAUAUCUGGUCCAUUCUUGACGGAGGCCUUGGUGUUCUGCGAGCAGAGGGUGGCGAUGACACAUUUUAUUAGCUGUUUCGUCGCACACGCACUGAUAACCCUAGCUACUCUAUUCCAUGUGCAAUGGGCUAUCUGCCAAUGUGUGCAGGUGAAAUCCUUCCUCCCCGUGCUGAAGGAGCCCUGGUUUGUCGGGUAAGCAGUGUAGUCGGUUGUCGUACACUUGGCCCAUUGAAUAAACAGCCUCCAGCUAUAUCCUGCUGGACAUUAUCACAGACAACCUCAAACCCAAGUCCAAUAUCGAUAGAUGCUCGUCAGCACCGUCAACAAGGCGCUUGUCAAUCUCCGAGAACACUAUUGAAAUCGCAUUCUUUUGGAC